ACCUCCGGGAUUGGAGUGGAGGGGCAUCUGCUGGACAGCGGGUCCCCGGGGAGCCUCACAGAGUUGGCGAUGCUCAAGUUCGGGCCGUCCUGGAGUGGAGCUUUGCUGAGCCGAAGCUCCCGGGGAGAGGACCCUCCCGCGGCGUCUGAUUGGAGGAAACGCGCUGUGGGAUUCCUUCCGCUCGGAUCCAGUGGAGGGAUCUGGCGGGAGGGGAAGCGUCGGUGUGUGGGAAUAUUGCUUCGGAGUCCUCGGCCACUCGCUGGCUGUGGCUGGGGAUCGGGUGGAAACAGCCGCUCCGGACAGGAUCCCAGCUGACGCCGAGGUGGAAUGGGGGUGGGGGCCGUUCUCGGGGCAGAAUCUACGGGGACAAAGGCCCCAGGAGGCUCGCGCCGUGGGAGAGCUGGGGCCGCUACAAUCCAGGUUCUGGCGGCAAGUGCCUAGCAGUGAUCCUUUGACUGCGGCGGCGGCGGCAGUGGGAAGACGGACGCUCCGGACCGCCGACUGGGGGCGCUUUUUCGCGCCCCAAGUCUCCAGCCCCGUCGGCUACCGAGAACUGCUUACUACCAUGAAGGGCGGAGCCCCAGGGAAAGGGCUGGCCCUCACUCCCCGUUCCCCCGCUCCCCACCUCCCACCCCAGGCUGCAGCCUGGGAUCCCCCAGGGACUCCCCGGAGCCGCCGCUUCCCCCAUGGACUUGCCCGGGGACUCCAGCCCCCCUGGCCAGCCGCGCCUGUGCCGCCAGCCCCUGACUCGAACAUCAUGGGGAGCCAGAAGCCCGAAACGGCGAAGGCUACAGCUCCCCGUGGUCCCUUCACCCUUGGAAAAGGCCUCUCGGCGGGUCCUAGCCGUGGUGCUGGAAGAUGUCAUGGCUGCCCAUAUGGUCCCCCUGGUGCCCCAAGAGGAGACCUCCACCCCACCACACCGCAGCAACCAUUGGGAUUCUGUUCACCACCAGCUGCCUGCCUCGCCACCCCAACAGGCUAUGUGGUCAUCGCAGGCCAGGCCUGCCUAUCCACUGCACUUAUGCCGAGAGCCCUUGAGCCGCAUCAACCGGCCUUCUCCCACCCUGAGGUGUCCAUCAAAGACAACCUCUGGCCCAGAAGAAGACCCUUCACAAGAGGUGGACCGGGCACCCCAGCCUACUUUGGUGGUGAUGCUAGAAGACAUUGUCGGUCCCAGACCCCCAGCUGAGGACUUGGCGGACAAGACUUCCAACUUCAUCGUCCCAGCGAGAAGAGCUGAGUCCAUGAUGAUGAUUCACCAGACAAAGCCUCCGUCCAGGGACCUGGAACCCCCCUUCCAGCCAUCUGCCCUGCCUGCAGACCCUCUGGAGAACCCAUCAGCAACCCCAGAUCCGGUUCUGGAAGCCCCAUCGACCCCACCGCCGUCCAGCCUUUUACGCCCUCGCCUCAGUCCCUGGGGCUUGGCUCCCCUCUUCCGUUCUGUCCGCUCCAAGCUAGAGAGCUUUGCAGACAUCUUCCUCACACCCAUCAAAGCCCCACAGCCCCCACCCCCCUCACCCCCCAUGAAGUUGGAGUUGAAGAUUGCCAUCUCAGAGGCUGAGCAGUCCAGGGCUGCUGAGGAUACUGCCUUUGUCAGUCCCCGCCCCCCUAUCCGCCAGUGGCGAGCCCAAGCCCACAGCCCCCCAGCAUCUCCUCCUAAGCCAUCUCUGGGCCGAAGCCACUCCUGCCCUGACCUGGGGCCUCCUGGCUCAGAUACCUGCAGCUGGCCCCCUGCUCCACACCACCCAAGCCGGCCACGGCCUCGACGGCACACUGUGGGUGGUGGGGAGAUGGCUGGAGCCCCGCCACCCCCUCGACCCUGUCUCCGGAAAGAGGUCUUCCCUCUUGGAGGAGUGGGAGGCUCUCCUCCCCUCGGCACAUCUUGUUCGUCCUCUGCAUCCACUUCCUCCUUCUCUGAACCUGCAGAACCCAGGUUGGGCUCGACCAAGGGCAAGGAGCCACGGGCCUCAGAGGACCAAGUGCUUUCCGACCCCAAGACCAAGACCAUGGGAAAGGUUUCUCGAUUUAGAAUACGCAGGACACUGGCCCGUCCUCAACUAAACCUUACACCAAUGGGGCUGCCUCGACCGAUCAGGUUGAACAAGAAGGAGUUCAGCUUGGAAGAAAUUUACACCAACAAGAAUUAUCAGUCACCUACAACCAGGAGGACAUUUGAGACCAUCUUUGAGGAACCCCGGGUGCGCAAUGGGACUCUGAUAUUGACCAGCUCGAGGAAGCUGCGGCGGGCUAUGGAGUUUCGGGACAGCAGCCUUCCUCGAUCCCGGCGGCCGUCUCGUGGGGUCCGAGCUGCUGCUGGCAGGACCCUUGCUCCCAGCUUGGCCCCCGGCCCAGAUGUGGGACCCCUGCUGCAGCAGCGGCUGGAGGAGCUGGAUGCCUUGCUCCUGGAAGAGGAGGAAGUGGAUUAGGGAGCCGCCCCAUCUGACCUAGGAGCUCCAUCUGUUUAUCUGUACAUCCAUCCUGGAGGGAAGGGAAGCCUCUGAGACCAUUUUAUUUUUUUUUCUCUGUAUUUCUAGUAAAGUUUUUGGUAUGUUUCUGAUUG